CAUCGGGACUGUGAAGCAUCGGUCCUCUCUCAUCGCUGGCCGAAGUAAUAAGCCGGUGACACCUGAAUUUGGCGGGUAGCAAUACGCAGGGGGGCCUUCUUGCAGGCCGACCUGGAUCCGACCGAACCGGCUUUCACUUUCCUCUUUCCCUGAUCAGUAUUAUUCAAUACAGAGGGCAACGGAUGGAUGUCUGGGGAAGCUGUCGAACAAAGCUGUCAAGAAGACGUCAAAGUUCUCUGGAGAACCAGACUCAGAGGGAAGAAGAACUACUGUGACAAAACAGAGGAAAACACAGGGAGAGGGGGAGAGAGGGAGAGAGAGAGAUCAGCAUUGAAGUAAACUUCUCCCGCACAGUGAUCCCCAAGUCCCCGACAAAGAGGGGCAAAGGUAAAGAAAGGAUUUCUUUUUUCAAAACCCAAGAAAAGAAAAUGGAUGAGUAGAGAGAGAGAGAGAGAGAGAGAGAGAGAGAGAAACAUGAGAAGGGCAGGGAAAAGUGGGGAAGAGGCAGCAGAAAAGGAGGAAAAUUUGGGAGAAAAGUUAAGGAGGGGCGUAAUUCUAAGCAAAAGAUGUGGUGGCCCCAGCACUCCUGUGAGACUCGAGUUCUUUGCGCGUGGAGCUAUCAUUGCCUCCUCGUCUGGCUCCAACCCUUCUUCCUCUUCCUCUUGUCAUCGUAUUUCUGCAAGAAAGCUCGCAGCUGCUCUCUGGGAGUUCACUCACUACCUGGCCUCUUCCGGAAUGCACCCCCACAAUGGCAAUCUUGGUCAUAUUCCCCUUGGGCUGCGCCGCCUCCGCAAGGACAAGGAUGGCGGCGGUGGGUUUGAGCUCUCUCACUUUUUGGCCGAUCCUUCUCCGAGUUCUCCUGAACAGCCAGAGAGUACAAGCAGUUUAAGGAGGCACGUCGCGGCAUCUCUGAUGCAACAUCAUCGAUCAAUUGAAAGAAAUAAUCGCGCCAUACAGCCUGUUUCCCCAGCAAGUUAUGGUAGUUCGAUGGAGGUAACUCCAUAUAACCCAGCAGUCACUCCUUCUAGUUCUUUAGACUUUAAAAGAAGAGUUAAUGAGCCACAUUACAGCCUCAAAACAUCAACAGAACUUCUAAAAGUACUAAACCGUAUUUGGAGCUUGGAAGAGCAGCAUGCAUCCAAUAUAUCACUGAUAAAAGCAUUGAAGAUGGAGCUUGAUCAUGCCCGUGUCCGGAUUAAAGAGUUGCUUCGGGACCAACAAGCUGAUCGGCAUGAGAUAGAUGCUUUGAUGAAGCAAAUUUCGGAAGAUAAAAUAGUUCGGAAGGGGAAGGAACAAGAUCGAAUUCAUGCUGCUGUUCAGUCAGCAAGAGAUGAGCUAGAAGAUGAGAGGAAGUUAAGAAAGCGUUCAGAGAGCCUACACCGUAAGUUAGCUCGAGAACUUUCUGAUGCAAAAUCUUCUCUUUCUCAUGCCUUGAAAGAGCUGGAACAGGAGAGAAAAUCAAGGAAACUAUUGGAAGAUCUCUGUGAUGAGUUUGCUGUUGGUAUAAGAGGCUAUGAACAUGAGGUUCAUUCAUUGAAACAAAGGUAUGAUGAGGAUUGGGCUGGAGGAUCUGAACGUGACCGUUUGAUUCUCCAUAUAUCUGAAUCAUGGCUUGAUGAGCGGAUGCAGAUGAAGUUAGAAGGAGCCCAAAGUGGUUCUGCAGAAAAGAGCUCCGUUGUGGACAAAUUGAGCUUCGAAAUUGAGACAUUCCUUCAAGCUAAAAGGAAGGAUGCCCUUAAGAGUGUCGACAACACAUUGCCAAGGGAACGGCGAAAUUCACUUGAAUCUGUUCCUCUGAAUGAGGUUGUAAGCGCGCCUCAAGAUCUGGGUGAUGAAGACGAUUCUGAUGGAAGUGAUUCUAAUUGUUUUGAGCUUAAUCGACAAACCCACGGUGAGUUUAAGGCAUAUGAGGAAGAAGCCUUGGAUAAUAAUACUGAUGACAAAGUCGAAACAGAGCUAACCAAGAAAAAGCGCACACCUCGUGGGAGGAGGAAAGCUCAGAAUCCAUCCAGUUUUCAGGCUAAGUCUGAAAAAGCCGGCACCACAAGGGAUAAAAGGGGUGAUGGAAGCCCAGUUGAGGUUACCAGUACCCACAAAUUGGACAACCGUGAAGCAACGGAUGAGUUUAGUCAUGAAAGAAAGAACAAAUCUGAAGUCCGCAGUUUAACUGCAAAUUCCAUGCUGGAUGACUUCAUAAAGAGUCAAUUAAAGUUGUCAAGUGGAGGUUCUGUCCAUCCCGAUGUUGACUUUGGGGAGGCUUCAUGCAGUAACUCUGCGUGGAGGACUCAGGCAAGUCCAGUACGACCAUGGAUGGUGAAACAGUCAUCCAUUGAUCCAGAUGUAUCAGAGUCAUCUUCAAAAUUACCGCCUGUCAUAAAGGAGAAUACUUUGAAAGCAAAGCUUAUGGAAGCGAGGUCAAAGGGGCAACGCUCACGGUUAAGAGCUUCCAGAGGUUUCUCAAUGGUGUAAAGCAUUGAGUUGUAUGAGGAGGAACUGGCAAAUGGAGGCUGCGGCUGUCAGUCCAUUUCCCAAAUUCCUAGCCCGUGUAUAUCAUUCCCAAUACUCUCGAGUCUCAACUGUGAUUAUGGUUCUCCACUUCUUCUUUUCUGAUGGUGCGUUCUGUUUCUUGUUCAAGAGUAUGAAUACCCUUGUAAUACCGAUAUAGAGCAGUACAGAAUUGAGUAUUUCACAAAUGAAAUCUGGAAAAAUUAGGAGUCUGUAUUGGUCA